CUUCCAGGAAGUUAGAGCUGCAGCUGCUCUCACUACCGAGCGGCAGAUGCCAAACUCUUUCCAGAGAAAUUGCCGUGAAGUGACGACAAAGAUGACUUUGUGCUGCAGUGACAAUUGAUGACAUCAAAAACGUAUCACCAUAUCCAUCAAAAUGAGGAUUUGUCGGACGGAAUAUAAAACCAUUGCGAGAUACACAGAGCAACUUCGACCAACAAGACAGUGUAUGAAAAUGCUCAAGGAGAAAUUUCCAAAUCACUCGCAGUCCACUCUUCUGAGCAUCUUCUCCCUGGAGUACCAGAAAAGGAUGAAAAGAACCAUAUCCAAACACCACGCCCCUGACGUCAUUGAAGCCUACUACCAGAGGUACCUGACUGAAGCCAAGAAGCGUCCCUCGUCCCCUGUCCUACUGGAGAUGGCUAAUGAGGUGGACCUGUCGCCCGCCCUGCUGGCUCGCCUCGUGGUGGAGCGCUUCGUACAGGAGCAGGAGGGCACGGCAUUUUCGAAGCAAGUCCUGAACAACAUGCUGAGAGAGCCAUCUUUGAUCCCAGAUCUCCCUUUAGCUAAUCAUGUGGCUCAGUGCACAAUAAAUGACUGCUGUUAUGGACCGCUGGUUGACUGCAUCAAACAUGCCAUUGGACAGGAGCACGAGGUUCUGCUCCGAGACAAACUGAGCGAGAAGAACCUGUCCUUUUUAGAUGAAAACCAGCUACGGGCCAAAGGCUACGACAAGACGCCUGACAUUAUUCUAGAGGUGCCAAUAGCUGUGGAGGGACACAUGGUCCACUGGAUCGAGAGCAAAGCCUCAUUUGGAGAUGACCACAGUCACCGCACCUACCUGAACGAGCAGUUCUGGAGCUACUGGAACAGGUUCGGGCCAGGCCUGGUCAUCUACUGGUACGGGUUCAUCUCGGAAUUGGACUGCCAGCGGGACAGAGGGAUCCUCCUUAAAGACUGCUUCCCCUCUGACAUUGUAACCCUCUGCCCCAGGACGAGCCAGAGCUGACACCACUGCAGGGGAGGGGGCGCAAGGGAGGUGUGUGUGUGUGUGUGUGUGUGUGUGUGCGCGCGUGUGUGUGCGUGCGUAGGGAGUGCAGGCAAAAGUCGAGAUGAUGGUGUGUAUGUAUGUGUGUGAGUGUGUAUGUACUACAGAUGCGAUGGAUGAAGUGUCUGCUGAGACGCAGGGAUGAGGGUGUGUAUGAGUGUGUGUGUGUGUGGGUGGGAGAGGAGGUGGUGGUUGGGAUGCUAGUGGAGACAUGAAUCCGGAAGCAAUUUCGCUUUCCUGCAGUGCGAGACUACUGGCAAACAUCUGCUCUGAACUCUGGCUGAACUCCGGCCGGCCGGCCCGGGCCGCUGUAGUACCUCAGUGCUAAAAGCACACUGGGGGCCGGCACAGGGCCGGGGGGCCCCGGAGGAGAGGACGUGAGGGCAGGUAGAGGCUUCUUAUCAGAGCCCUGUCCCUCAUCACCCAGCCACCACCCCCUCUCUGUGCUCCGCAGGGCCAGGGGGGAAACCAUCCAUCUAUCCACAUGUUGCUGCUUUCCUGCCUUCUCUCUCUCUUCUCUCUAUCUAUCUUUCUCUCUCUCUUUCUCAGUGCCUCUCCCUCUAUUUUUCACUCUUUCUGCCUUUUUUUUUCUCUCAUGGUGUCGCACACUUUCUAACUUACAUAAACGGGGUGGGUCUUAACUCCUCGGGCCAGUCGGCCCCUUUCCCUAUUUCUGGGUGAGAAACUUUUGUCAGGUUUGUUUGUCAGCUUUUAAGUGGGCUGAAGUGAUCGAGAUAAUGCCGCUUUGUAAAUGCCGUCUGGUUCUGUCUAUUUGCCCUUUUCUUUUUUAUUAUUCUUUUUUUUUAUUUGAGGCCUUUCUGUGUGCCUGCUUUUAUUUUAAUGCAUUUCUUUCUUUUUGAUGUAUUCCUCUCUGCCUCUCUUUCUUGUCUUUGAUUGGUAUCAUUUGUUUCAAGUAUAUAAAGCCUCGACGGAAAUAAAAUGAUGAAUUGAGUGUGA